CUCGUGCCGCCUGCAAGCCCACUCCGCCUUCCGCUCUGGUCUACGUACGCAUUAGUUCCGCAACACUCGUCAAUAAUGUGGUGUGUCUCGCGGCUAUGUCUGCCCUGGACUUUGGUCGGCAGCGUAUGGUUAUGGCCGGGCUGGCGGCGCGAGCGAAGCUGCCGUCGGCCCGGGUGCUGAGCAUUGGACUUGCCGUCGUAGCUGACUUCUGGGGUCGGCUCCAGACGUUUGUGACUUUGGGUAUCAGGCCGAAGGGUUGGGACACUGUGCCGUCUGCGCAUCCUUUCAUCUCUCGGGCUGUUUGUGACGGCAUGGUUUUGCGCUUGCCGUAUGACGCUGAUUCCCCGCCUCCCUCGCCGUGAGAGGUUGUGCGUGGUUGGUGGCUUUGUGUGUGGGCAGGUUGCACGCGUGGGCGACCGUUCUAGUACCUGGACGCUUGCGCCCUGGUUAGUGCGUGCGCUGUGCGUGUGUCCUGCGGCCUAGACGUUUCCCGGCACUUCUGUGCCUAGGCUUGUGACGUUGAGGCACAGCGGUGGGGCUCUGGCGGGUUGAGGCUUGGCUAGGACUCACUGUGCGCGGAGUCACACGGACUUUGCCCGCGGGAGGGUUUGCAGCAAAGUCGGGGUUGGUGGAGUCAUGUUGGGCCCUGAUAGCAUGUGAUGGCUCGGCGUCUUCGGGUGCUGGGACUGUCCCCUCUGUAACAUCCGCAUUCA